AUGCUGUGGCCGGCCGAAGAGGGUUGUGACGGUCAGAGACCAGCUCUCUCAAGACAAGGCUCAGAACACCAAAUAACAAAGACCCAAAGGUCUGGGAAAUCGCAGUUGCUCUCCAGAGCUCAAAUCCGUGGGAUAUAUUCCGUGAGUAAUGAAGACAUCGCUGCAUCGUCUUUGGAAAUUACAGUACCACGUGACCUUGCAGAUGGGUUUGUAAACAACAAACGUGAAAGCUACAAGUUUAAAUUUCAAGAAACGUUCGACCAAGAAGCCAAACAAGAAGCCAUAUUUGAACGCAUUGCUAAACCUGUAGCAGAGAGUGUCCUCACGGGUUAUAAUGGCACUAUAUUUGCCUAUGGUCAGACUGGCAGUGGGAAGACAUUUACUAUCACAGGAGGAGCAGAGCGUUACAGUGACAGAGGGAUUAUACCUAGGACUCUCUCAUACAUUUUUGAACAGUGUCAGAAGGACAGCAGUAACGUAUAUACAAUAUACAUAUCCUAUUUAGAAAUCUACAAUGAGUGUGGAUAUGAUCUGCUGGACCCAAGACAUGAAGCAUCCAAACUGGAGGAUCUGCCGAAAGUUACCAUUAUGGAGGAUCCUGAUCAGAACAUUCAUCUAAAGAACCUUUCACUUCAGCAAGCGAAUAAUGAGGAGGAGGCUCUGAAUCUUCUGUUUCUAGGAGACACAAAUAGGAUGAUUGCAGAGACUCCAAUGAAUCAGGCUUCCACCCGCUCACACUGCAUUUUUACCAUUCACAUCUCAAGCAAGGAGCCAGGGUCGGCAACCGUACGUCGCUCCAAGCUGCACUUAGUCGAUUUGGCUGGAUCUGAGCGAGUUGCAAAAUCUGGAGUCGGUGGACAACUGCUAACAGAAGCCAAAUAUAUCAACUUAUCAUUGCAUUACCUUGAGCAGGUAAUUAUUGCACUGGCAGAAAAGAAUCGCUCUCAUAUACCUUACAGAAAUUCCAUGAUGACCUCUGUGCUCAGAGAUAGCCUCGGGGGGAACUGUAUGACGACUAUGAUUGCAACUCUGUCUAUGGAGAAGAGGAAUCUAGAUGAAUCUAUUUCCACUUGCCGAUUUGCACAAAGGGUCGCCCUAAUAAAGAAUGAAGCUGUAGUAAAUGAGGAAGUUGACCCUCAGCUGAUAAUUGCUCGUCUCAAGAAGGAAAUCCAGUCCCUGAAAGAUGAGUUGGCCUUAAUCACUGGAGAGCAGAGAACAGAGGAGCUAUCUCAGGAAGAUAUUCUCAGACUUGAAGAGCAGCUAAAGAACUUUAUGGAAGAUGUGGAUUCUGAAAGCACUCUUGAAAUAGGAGCUGAUAUGAGGAAAAUCCAGCAUUGCUUCAGAAUCUGCAAGAGGCUGUUGAAUGAUAAAAACAAGCAAGAGAGCGGUGUGCUGUCUCCUGAGAUGGAAUUAAUCAGACCUAGCACAUCUGCAAGACCAGAAGAGCUCCAGAAAUGCAAAGAUCUUCUGCAGCAAAGAGAUAACGAAAUUAACAUUCUGGUGAACAUGCUGAAGAAGGAAAAGAAGAAGGCUCAUGAUGCAGUUUUGGAAUUGAGUUCUUCUGGCAAGCAGCCUUAUUUAGAAACACCAGAGGUCUCAUAUCAUGCCAGAAAGCUGGGAGGGGGUCACAAGUCACCUCUACCAAGUAGUGUGCAAGACAAGAGUGACAGCAGCUCAUUGGAACAUCGAUUCAACUCCCUUUACAGAAAAGCAGUACUAGCAGAAGAGGAGAUGUCUUUGGGACGUCAAGAAGCAUUUGACCUUUUCAAACAGGAUUAUUCAGACAGGCUAACUAUUGAAGACAACAAAGGACUCCUUAAACAGAGGUAUGCUGAAGCUAAGGCUCUUGGAGAAGAAGUUAAUAAAGUGCGGAAUCGAAUAAGCUCUGGCAACCUCACCAUUCCCUCAUCCUCUCCAGCCAUGAGCACCUCUCCUCCACAACCUCACCACUCUGACCCUCAAUCAGGGAAUGAAGUACAUAUCCCUUCAAGUAUACUAUCCACCCUGCCAUCAAAGCAAGACAUUGCGGACAUUGUUCGGGCCUGUGUCCGUGAAGAAUUGGCGGACUUAAAGCAUGACAUUAACGCAAUAGGGUUCAGAGUGGAGGCUUUAGAAGAUAGUAAUGAUACUAUUAGAGAAGAUGUAGAAGGCCUACAAUCUCAAGUGGAUGCAUUUACUUCUAAUAUAGAGGCCCUACACUCUAAAAUCGAAGAUUUAGAGAAUAGAAGUAGACGGAAAAAUCUAAGGAUAAGAGGGGUGCCUGAAUCUGUUUUACCCAAAGAUUUACCUACGUUUCUACCUGCUCUGUUUCAACACCUUAAGGGUGAUUCAUCUAAAGAAGAGGUCCCGUGGGACCGAGCACAUAGAGCUUUAAGAGCCCGACCCCCUGAUUCUGCUCCCCCCAGAGACAUCAUCAUAAAAUUUAAAAACUAUAGGGAUAAAGAAGAAAUCCUCAAUCUUUCACGAAGGAAUCAACCGAUUAGAUUUAGAGGCACUGUGUUACAAUUUUACGCUGAUCUUUCACAAAGAACAUUACAAAAGCGCAAAGAAUUUUCCCCAUUGACACAAAUCCUACGCAAUAAACGGAUCCCAUACAGAUGGGGAUUCCCCAUGCAUCUGCUGGUUAUCCAUGAAGAUAGGAGAGUAAUUUGUGAUGAUAUAUCUGAGGCCUCAAAAUUCUGUGAAAUCCUUCACCUAGACCCUCCGGAUUUGAAUGCUCCCUCCUCUUCGGUACCCCCAAACAACAUACAGCAGAAGUCUCGAAACAAUUGGUCCCUUACCCCAGCCAAGCCCCAGAAGCGACCCUCUGCAGCACGAAACCUAGAAAUUGGUUACCAAUAUUACUAUGUAGAAUUUUUUGGUAUUUUUGCGGUUCCGCAGAAUCCAGACUCUCCAAUCCCCCUUACAGGAGACAGCCAGACGGACGCAGAUAUCCUGGCUUUUGUGAGAGCUCGUCAGAAUCUGAUGCAAAGAAAGGAAAACGUAUAUUUGAUUAAUUAG